AUGACACUCAGCGAAAAAGUUUUUGCCAUGCACGAUGUGGAUCAAAAAGGCUCUGUCGUUCCAGGCGAGUUGAUUAGGGUGCAUGUGGACUGGGUUAUUGCCUCGGAGGCAUCUUGGUCAGGCAUGGAACGAACGUACGACGAUUUAGGGAAACCGGGAAUCUUUCGCAAUGAUCGUUUCUGGCUUGCCGGUGAUCAUGUCGUUGACCCCCGGAUCAACAAGCUCCCCAAAGUCCAGGGCUUGAUCGAUGCGAGUGAGCGAGCCAAGCGCGUCUUCAAGAUGACCGACUAUCAAGGAAUGAAUUAUACAAUCCUACACACGGAGUUUUACCGUGAACGUGCACAACCAGGCAUGUUGAUUGUUGGCUCGGAUUCCCACACCUGCUCGUCUGGGGCGGUUGGGUGUUUGGCUAUUGGUCUGGGCGCAGCAGACGUGACACUGCCGCUGGUUACAGGAGAGACCUGGUUCAAGGUCCCGGAGUCGGUCAACAUCCACCUUGUUGGAAGCCCCAAACCAGGUAUCGGUGGCAAGGAUGUCAUUCUAUAUAUCCUGCAACAGCUCAAGCGGAAUACAGUAGCUUCCGACAGAAUUGUCGAGUUUACUGGUCCUGGCAUUCGGCACUUGUCCUCCGAUGCUCGGUUUGCAAUUUCCAAUAUGACAACGGAAUUUGGUGGGAUUACUGGGGUAUUCGUGCCUGAUGAAAUCACACAUUCUUUCGUUCAGAAAAGACGUCUUGCUCGCCACAAGAGUCUCACCACGUACUUCAGACCCGACGGAGAUGCUUUGUAUGCUGCAACCCACGAAAUCGAUCUUGGCAAUGUCCGUUCCUUCUUAGCUCGAUACCCCAAACCGGACGAUGUGGUUCCUGUCACUAGUCAUGAAGGCAUGCAACUGGAUGGUUGUUUCAUCGGUGCCUGUACUACGGCAGAAGAAGAUUUAAUCUUGGGUGCAUUGGUAUUGGAACAGGGUAUGAAAAAAGGAUUCAAACCUAUCACAAAAGGCAAACGAAAAGUUGUUCCUGGAUCAAUGCCUAUCCUGCGCCGGCUGCGGGAACUGGGACUGCUCAAUAUCUAUGAGAGUGCUGGAUUUGAGAUCGGGAUUCCCGGAUGCAGCUAUUGCGUUGGCAUGUCAGUCGAUCAAGCAGCUCCAGGAGAGGUGUGGCUGUCAUCCCAGAAUCGUAAUUUCGAAAAUCGCAUGGGCAAGGGGUCAAUUGGACAUCUCGGCUCGGCGGCCACGGUCGCCGCAUCGUCCUUUGGAAUGAGACUCACUGACCCCCACAAUUUAAUUGAUGGGAUUGAUCGAGAUUACUGGGACGGGUUGAGAGGAGCUCAUAGAACAACGGUUCAUAUACAUGCGGCGAAGGGUCUGGCAUAUGUCGAGCCAACCGCCUCUCUCAAUCCUAAUCCAAGCAGAAACAUAAAGGAUGAGCGAGAAGUCCAAGAAAAUGGCCUAACCAAACAGAAGGCAUCGAACAGCCCAGAUCAACUGAGCGGAAAGGUUCAGCGACUGGAGGACUUCAUUGACACAGAUGCUCUGGCCCCUGCUGCUUUCUUAGUGGGUAUGCCCAACAACCAGGCUGCUGGUGAACAUUGUCUAGAGUUCACUCAUCCGGAAUUCCGGAGUCGGGUCAGGGAUGGGUUCGAUGUCGUGGUCGCCGGCAACGGGUUCGGGUGUGGAUCAUCGCGAGAACAGGCCGUUAUGGCAUUGAUGGGAUGCGGAGUCCGAUUUGUCAUUGCAAAGUCUUUUGCCUUCAUCUUCCAACGAAACAUGCCCAAUCUCGGGCUGCUUGGGAUCACCAUGAAGGACGAAUCCUUUUUUGAGGUCGCCCAAGAUGGCGUUGCCAUCUCCAUCGAUUUCAAGUCAAAGACUCUGGACGUUGGCGGCAAACAGUUUGAAUUUCAACUCAGUCAAAUGGAGAGAGAGCUCUUUAAUCACGGAGGAAUCGCGUCGGCGUUUCGAAACUUUGGUACGAAGCUGUUUGAAGUGAUGACAGCCAACAAGGGGUUGGGAGGAAUCAACGAGGAGGUUAAAGGUCCCUACUCUGAAUUAGAGUGGUAG